CUGGGCUCUUUCCCCAUCAAGUGCCUCACAGGAGGGGACAGUGCACCAUGGCCCCCCGCGUGGUCUCCAUCCCCCAGACCUGCUGUUGUUUCAAUGUCCGGAUUGCCACCACAGCCCUGGCCAUCUACCAUGUGAUCAUGAGUGUCCUGCUGUUCAUUGAGCACACGGUGGAGGUCACCCAGGGCAAGGCGUCCUGCAGGUUCUCUAAGACACUUUACCUCAGGAUCGCUGACCUGAUCUCCAGCUUCCUGCUCAUUUUCAUGCUGUUCCUCAUCAGCUUGAGCCUGCUGAUCGGUGUGGUCAAGAACCGGGAGAAGUACCUAGUGCCCUUUCUGUCCCUGCAAGUCAUGGACUUCCUGCUGUGUCUGCUCACCCUGCUGGGCUCCUACAUCGAGCUGCCUGCCUACCUCAAGUUCACCUCCCGGACCCGGCCGGGCCGCUCCAGGGUCCCCCUGAUGACCCUACAGCUGCUGGACUUCUGCCUGAGUAUCCUGACCCUCUGCAGCUCCUACAUGGAAGUGCCCACUUAUCUCAACUUCAGGUCCAUGAACCACAUGAAUUACCUCCCGAGCCAGGAGGGUAUGGCUCACAGUCAAUUCACCAAGAUGAUGGUCAUCUUCUCUGUCGCCUUUGUCACCGUCCUUGUCCUGAAGGUCUACAUGUUCAAGUGUGUGUGGCGAUGCUAUAAAUUCAUGAGGUACACAAACUCAGCUGCUGAGAAGGGCAACUCCAAGAUGCUCCCGAAGGUGGUCCUGCCAUCCUAUGAGGAAGCCCUGUCUCUGCCCUGCAAGUCUCCCGAGGGGGGCCCUGCGCCGCCCCCAUACUCAGAGGUGUGACCUCGCCAGGCCCCAGUCUUAGCACUGGGAGGGGUGGAGCUGCCUCUGUAUCUGCUUCUUUGCUUUGGUGGCCCUGUGGCCUAGAGGGACUACUCAGCUGACUUCAGGACAAUCUGCUUGUGUCCCCCUUACUGGCCUGCUCACCACUGGGUCCUCCUCUUUGAGUCACUCAAAAAUUCAGUCCAACAACUUGACUUAUUUUCAUCAACAAUGAUACUUGUUUAGAUGACUGGUCAUUUUAAAUUUUGGCAAGUUUGCUUAAGUAGCCAUCAGUUUAAUUAAUCAAUAUAUAACAAAGUGACUGACAACCAAAACCACAUAGUCAGAUCAGUAAAAUGUGGAAUGACGGUGCAUGGUUGGUUUGUAAGUAGUUGUCAGUUCACGGAUAGAUCUGACCCCACAUGAUAUAAAAUCAGUUUCUUCAAAUACCUUGCUAAAAUAGUUAGCAACUCAACCAACCAUCUGUCACUUAGAAUUGUGAUACAGUUCAAUAAAAAUAAAUACAAAGGUAGCCUUCAAACCAUUCAGCAAAACUAACCAGCCACUGGCUGCCUGCUCUGGCCAGCUCAGUGUCUCUGAGCUGAGGAUGAUGGUUAAUUCAAGGGAAAAUUCAAACUUCCCCUUCAGCUUAGCUAGCUGCAGGAAAUAACAGUUGUUUCCACUGUAAACAGUCAUUUCACACACAAGAUUGUUUGCUAAAGAGCUGUUCUUACCCACAGUCAAAUGCUGGCCCUGUGCCCAGGGUAGUCACAUGGCAGAAGGCUCCUUGACAGGUUACCUGGGCCAGUCUCCUUUAGGACUCAGCUGUCAGUCCAUCCUGCUGGCCAGGCUGGUCUGAUCCCACCCAGUCGAGCAAACCCCCCUGAACUCAGGCAGGCCGUGUGUUGGACCAAAUCCACAGGGCUAUUCAGUCGGAACAGGUAGACCCUCUGUGGCCCCAGCCCCUGCCCAGGAGGCUGGUGUUCGGUGGUGGUGGUUGGGAGGCUCAGCCCCACGUCCCUCUUUUGUCUGCUCCCCUGUGGGCUGGGGAUCCUGAGUGAGCUGCUUUUGUGGUGGGGACAGAGCCUCCGAGUCUGUCGGGGCACAGGCAGGGCUGCACAGGAGGUUCCUGUCUCACCCCAUGUCAUUGCUUCAUGUGACUCAAAAGAGGUUUCAAUAAAGUGGCAAGCUUCGCUCUGGCUUGUGUGGUUCCUGACAGAUGGUG